AUGUCAUCAAAACAAAUAAUAGAAGCUUCUACUAAGAUUUAUUCGGGCGAGUGUAUUUAUACGUGGACGAUCGAGAACUAUCGCUUAAUAAAAUUUAAAGUUGGAGAAGUACUAGAAUCUCCAAAAUUUGGCGUUGGAAGUGACGAUAAAAAAUACUUCCAGUUGCUGUUAUACCCUGAAGGCGCGCGUACGGAAGAUGCAGGAUACAUCUCGUUAUUUCUUAAGCCCGUAAUUGAUCCAAAGAACAAACCACUUGGGCUUGUCUGUAGAUGGACAGUAUCAGCUAUUAAUGGUGAAGAAGUUAUUAAAAAAAGCACAUUGUGUCACGAUUUUGCGGGUAAUCAAAACUUUCUUGGCUAUGGUUGCCCGAAAUUUUUGAAAGUAGAAAAUAUUGACCAAUUAAUAUCUUCCCAAAAUACUAUAACUUUUCAUUGUGAACUGGAAAUUCUCGGUGUAUUUGAAUCUUCAUUGAAUUCAGAUAUCAUGUGUAGUGAAGAUGAAACAAUCGAUACCAUAAAAUUCGAUUUUUCAUUUGAUAACGAAAAACUCAGUGAUGUUAAAUUAAUAGUUGAGGAAGAAGAAAUUCCAGCGCACAAAAUUAUACUCGCAGCGGUCAGCCCAGUAUUUAGGGUCAUGUUUACAAAUGAUACGUUGGAAAACAAAGAAAAUUUGGUGAAAAUAACCGAUACGAAUAAGAAUAUUGUAAAAGAAAUGCUACGAUUUAUCUACACCGGGAAGAUUGAUGUAAUCGAAACUGAUAUGAUCAUUGAAUUAUUAGUAGCGGCUGACAAGUAUAAAAUUGACAGUUUGAAAAACAAGUGUGCGAAAAUGUUAUGUGAUGAUUAG